CUUUUUUCUUCCUUCCAUUUUUCACAAUUCAUAUCCUGUCUGAUGAACAGUAGCUGUUAGACUCUCUCUCUUUCUCUCUUCUCUGUUCUUCUUCAUCUUCUCUAGCCGAAUCCAUCCUUCAGAUACUACUCUGUAAUUUCACUACAAUCAUCUCAGCCAAAUGGGUUCGGAAGAAGAGAAGGUCGUUGUUCCCAGAAACUUUAGAUUAUUGGAAGAGCUAGAAAGAGGUGAGAAAGGAAUUGGAGAUGGGACAGUGAGUUAUGGAAUGGAUGAUGCUGAUGAUAUUUUGAUGCAAUCUUGGACUGGUACCAUUCUUGGUCCUCAUAAUACUGCGUAUGAAGGGAAAAUCUUUCAGCUGAAGCUAUUCUGUGGAAAGGAUUAUCCGGAAAGUCCACCUACUGUGAGGUUUCAGAGUCGUAUAAACAUGGCUUGUGUCAAUCCUGAGAAUGGAGUGGUUGAUCCGAGUCACUUCCCUAUGCUUUCCAACUGGAGAAGAGAAUUCACAAUGGAGGAUCUACUGAUUCAGCUUAAAAAAGAAAUGAUGUCAUCGCAGAACCGCAAGUUAGCUCAACCCUUGGAAGGUAAUGAGGAAGGCAGGACAGACCCAAAGGGACUAGUGGUGAAAUGUUGCGUGAUGUGAAAAGAGGUAAUGAGGAAUUUAUAAGAAUUUAAGAGACAAAACAAUGUAUAUAAACAGCAUUUGAAGGGCUUUGAGAUUGGCCUAAGAACCCUUUCUUCUAUAGGCCUUCUUAAUCCUACCAUUUGAUUAUGUAUUAUGUAAUAUUUGAGAAUAUAUUCACCAAAAACAGGUGCCCUUAAUAAACCUCCACUCUUCUUCAC